AUGGUACCAAAGGCUUUGUCUAGAGGCAUUCUGGUCAUUGGCAUUUGUUCCUUGCUUUGGUGGGCUCUCCGAACCCUUCACGGCUCUUAUGCUGUAUUUGCCGAGUCGCUACAGUCGAUAGACCUUCUGAGCCCGACUCUUGAUCAUGACUGGAAGACUUCAGAGCUCUAUGCCUCUAAGGCUACGCACGAUCUCUGUUCUGCCCAUGGCUACUCAGCUUUUGUUCCCAAAAGUCCCUCACGCGAACGAAAGAUCUACGAUAUGCUCAUGAUAAACGACGAGCUGGAUUUUCUCGAGAUACGCCUCGAUGCAUUAUACGACUACGUCGACUACUUCAUCAUCGCCGAGUCAGCCAAAACAUUUCAAGCCAAUUCGAAACCCCUUAUCCUCAAAGACAACUGGGACAGAUUCCGUCGCUAUCAUGACAAGGUAAUGUAUCACGAACUAACCUUCCCAUUCUCCUUCGAUCCGCAUCGUCCCUGGGACUACGAAGACCUUCAGCGAGAUGCCCCCUUUGACCAAGUCAUGCUCCAUCUCGACGGGCCAAGAGCACCCAACAAAGGAGAUGUUCUAGUCGUAGCCGACGUCGAUGAAAUACCCCGUCCACAAACCCUCCUCAUCCUCCGAUACUGCAACUUCCCCCGCCGGCUAACACUCUCCUCCAAAUUCUACUACUACUCAUUCCAAUUCCUGCACGCCGGUCCGGAGUGGCAACACACCCAAGCAACCUACUACCAGGGACACCAAACCCUCAAACCCACCAAUCUUCGCAAUGGAGAUGGAGGCUUCCGUCCGUUACGCUUCCUCGAGAGGGGCGUAUCAAUUUCUCAACAAGAUGACGAGCUUUUCUCAUCGGUGGAUGAAUCGUGA